AUGGUGGACAGGCUGCCUCUGUCAAUAACCCUUUACUUUGUCUAAGGUAGCACGAUAUAUUAGACUGCUGAUGCCCCCAGUCGUGGCGCGAAUGUGCCGGGCCGUUCUGCUUGGGUUAGGUCAACCUUCCUACUGGUUACUCAAUAUUAUACUGCUUCCAAAAUGGUUUCGUAUUCGUGGUAGAUACAUAGGUCUAAGCAGUUGUAAAAACGAAAUAAACCUAGAUCGUCAGCGAAUAAUAAAGUCCCUGAUACAGUAAGCGAUGGCGGUAACGACCAACCCCCUUCACUAUCAUACGAAGGCAGACCCAGAGACCACAGGCAGAGGCGAAGGGGAUGGAGAGACGCAAGGUGGGCCACCAGCAGGCACCGAGGGAAGCAGGGGACGAGGCUACGGCAGCAACAAGGUAACUCGUGACCGUGCUUGGCUCCUGGAAGAAAAAAAGGACCUGACUCUUCGUAACCAGUCCUCCAUCUUCGACGAGAAUCCCACCGGCGUCACGAGUUCUAAAGCGGCUUCUGCUUCUCUGCAAGACAACCCGUCCACAACAACAACUACAGAUGUUGAACAAAACGCCGAGCAGGAUAGUGCUUCUUCUACUUUCCAAAUCAGGUUGGAACAAGGUGGUGACGAGGUGACUAGUAGUCAAGAGAAAUCUUCUCCACCUUCUGACAGCGAUGUGCUCGGUGUCACGGUUUCAGCGUCUUUGUCUUCAGAUGGCACACGAGGCAUUGCUUCAGAAACUCAGGAUCUAGCGGCCUCGAGCUUUAUCACUGCUUCAGCCUCAGAGCGUGUCAUAAAGGAGUCUUGCGACAAUCCGGACAGCAAGGCAGUUACUGAGUUGCCAGAUGAAAACACGAGAGCAAGGCGGGUAGCGCAACAGCUUCCCGAGCUGACUAAACCAGAGGAGUUGCUCUCGUUUUUCGAAGCCUGUACCAAUCGGAAACAAAAACAACACCAAGACGCAGCCGCAAUCGUGGAACGUGCCUCGUCAUAUAACGGGGACGGCCCGGGUUUCAGGCUGAAAAGAGAUCACUUCGAUGGCGCGUCCGACUUGAGGCAGUGCACUGAGCUUCCUCGGGUUUUUGCAGCAAAUAAACAGAAAAAGGCGCAAACAACCUCAACGACUAUGCCAUCGCAGGAAUUAUCUCGAAAUCAACAGGCAUCUACUUCUACUCGUACUCUAGAAGAAGGACUGCUAGAUGAGUUUGAGUGUUUUCUUUCUGCACGCGAAGUUUGCCUCAUGGGCCAGGGGCUGUUCGGCGGCGUCUGGUCUUUGUCUGAGAAGGGCUCGCAGUGUGACGCUGUGCCUGAAAGUGGGAUUGCCGUGAAGCACCAGCUUAACGGCAGCCCGAUGGUCGAAGCGUGUUUUGCUCUAUACGUUUCCCGGCAGGAGAAUUUGGCGCAGUACGUCGCUCAAGCUCAUGAAGCUGUCGGAUUUUUUAGGCAGGCGUGUUCGGGUGAAUCGCCGCGCUUCUUCCUCGUGAUGGAUAAGUACAGCCGUUCCUUGCAGGACCAAAUACUAGUCGACAAAGCUGACGCUCAGACAAGAGGAUGCUCACCUCUCAAGGCAGGAAUAUCACUCCGCAAUAGUGCGAAGAAGCAACCACUUGGACAAACUUCUUCUAUGGCUUCAGAACGACCCCUGGAAGAACCGACAGCGGGGUCGGUAGUGGUAGAGCGGUUCAUCAAGCGAGGACAGCACAUGAUAGAAGGGAUAGUAGAGCUCGGCAGACUAGGAAUAGCAUCGAGAGACAUCAAGCUGGAGAACUACCUUGUCGACGAUAAAGCCCUUGAAAGUCCCAGGCUUGCUGACUGGGGACUUUCUACGGCAUCGGGGCAUUAUACUGCUGAGCAACCCCUGGUUGGCAGUCCGUUGUUUCUAGACCCGCUAGCCAGCCUACUGAGCUACGCAAAUUACGACGACUGGACUUCGAAAGGGUUGCGUGACGAAGCUUGUGCCAAACCAACAUACAUUCAGAUGGAUGCGUGGGGUCUUGGGGAUGCUCUUCUGGAAUUGUGGACCUCUCUGGAAGCACGGGUAGAAAUUAUUCAGCCAUCUUAUGCCAGAUUCGGCCCUCUCGGGAGGGACUGGAAGGAGACACUCUCGUCGCGGAGUAUUUCGGGGGACACUCUUACUACGUACGCAAAAGUUGUAGAAGAAGAAUGCGAGAAGCAUCUCCACCCAGCGAUUCGUAAGUACUACUUAGAACAGACGCAAAGCGGAGGGGCAAGAACAAGCACCGUUUUCACGAGAACUGUGCUAGAGCUUCUUCUUCGCUAUCCGCUUAACUGCACCCCGGACAAACGUGACAUGGAGGAGUUCGCUGAGCUCUGGCAAGAACUGCUGGUCGACCAGAUGGAGACAUCACAAGAGGACAGGGGAAACCUCGGCAACGAAGUAGUAAAUGAAAAUGAGCUGAAGAUCUCUCAAGACGCUACUAAAGACGAAGUGAAAGGCACGCUACGGAAGGCAGCAGGCCUGACAGACACUUCACAAGCGCCAGGCGCGUCUAGUACUUUCUCAGAAACGCUCAGCGCCAGCACAUCUAGGAGAAGUACUUCAUCAGGCUCAGACGGAGCGUCGAGUUCAGCUAGUACUCUACAGGAAACGCCCAGCACACCUAGUGCUCCAGAGGGAACGCCGAGUCUACCUAGUACUUCACAACAGGCAGCGGAGUCCUCUAGUCCAAAAGGGAAGCCAGACGGAGCCGCAGGACCUGGAGACGAAGGCCACAAGGCUUAUCAGGCUACACCGACAGGCGGAAGUGGCACCAGGCACGGCGGUGACGUGCCUCCGGAAGUCAUGGAAGUCACGGAGGUAACCCCAGGGGUCACACAGUCUUCCGAGACAAGUAGCCAACACCAAGUGGCUGCAUCGUCGUGGAGCCAGGAGGCUUUGCAGGCUGCUGCGUCUGAGACUCCCACCGGCCACGAGCAGCUUGCUGGAGCUGGGACUGACGUGGGCCUCAACUUUGACGCGGCAGGACCGAUGGCCACUGACAUCACCGCAAAGGGAGCGGGUGGCACUAUGUCGAGCAUGGGCUCCGCUGUUCAGAGUGGACUCAGUGAUGAAAACGCUAGGGACGCAAUGGGCGGCGCAGUCGUUACGCCUCGAGAUGCUCCCAGUUUUCUAAUUGGUAUAACUUCCUUCGAGGUUCUAACAAUGGUGACUCACUUUCGCUUUCCAUGAUUCAAACCCGAGAUUUUGACUUCAUCACCAACCAGCGAGUCCACAUUUCUAAAUCUUACGCAAGGACCAGCGCCACAACUAGUGGAGAAGAAGAGGGAGCGUCGACAGCGGCUUCUAGAGAGAGAGUGGAAGUGGGCAUGAAAUCGACCGAGGGCAAAGCGAGCAAUCUGGCGGGCAGUGAGCGUGCGGGAAAGAAGACGGUGAACCAGAGCAAGCUCCUCCGACGGGAGGACAGAUAAGUGGUAUAGUUAGAUAGCAGCUUUUCGAGUUCGAACUUAUCAGAACCAACAAGAGCAGCCGCGAACUAGUAUGGUUACACUACACAACUUUUCUACUGAACUCGUGUGUCUCAAAAAUGAUAAAGAUCCUCAGUAGGUGCAAGCUUGAGUGGGUAAAUUAUUGUCACGCAGCGUCAGCAUUAUCCAUCAUUACCAUGAUGAUAUCAUCGCAAUCCCUUCUCAUACUUCUCCGCCUUGUCAGGUGGCUGCAGUAUCGAGUAUUAUUAUGUGUGUCCUGAGGAGAGGACCAAAAGAUACGCCGUGAGAGGGCUUAGCUACAAAUAGAAGCUGGGCCAACUAUUUGUCACGAAAUUCGAUGUCGAUGUAGCAGAAUGAAAGAAAAUAGCCGAACAUUCAGAAUUAGUCAGGUACUUACUGAGAACUGAUACUGAACAGCAUCCACUGGAUUAGAAGAAAUAUACAUGCGGGCAAGGCGCGGAGCGUUGUGCGCGAAUGACUCACGACUAUGUCGUUGACUUGGAAACUGGUUCUGCUGUAGAAAAAGCAGUUCUUUUUUUUUUGCUGGUUUGUUCAAUUUACCAUGCUAUUGCUAAAAAUGCUACUACCACUUUUCAGGUACUAUGGUAUUCGUGUUUACAACUUUUGGGAGAUUAUCGAACACUGAUUGGAUCAAAGUGGCGAGAAUGAUGCAGGGUUUGGAAAGCUUUUUUUUUGAUGUUCGAGGAAACAAAGGCGAUGCGCGUUCGAUGUGCUUACAAAGCAAUUAGUUCGGAUAUCCAAAAAAAAAACGACUACCCAUGUGGGCCUGAGAAGACGAGGCUCUAUAGCUUAUAAGCUUUUUAGACACUAAAAUAGCUUAUAAGCUUUUUAGUCCGAUGAAGGCUUAAUUCAUCGGACUGAAAUGUACGUCGAGGGCCACCCUACACUCUACGACUAUGGUACGACAAAGAAGCUCAGGCUCCUUGUACUAAAACAAGUAGGAAUGAACCAUCAGCAUUCAUCUUUUUUCUCAAAAAUGGCAGCGCGUGAAACGUCAGGUACAAAAGUUAUACGACGCAUCACGUUUAUUUUGAUAUUUCUACCAACCGUUUGGAGCUUCGGGAGGGAGUGCUGCAAUCGAAUUUUGAGGAUGGCGAGAUGAUUGGACUUGUUGCGAAUGCGUAUGCGACCGUACUUAUUCACUUUGUGUUCGUUGCCUACUCUUGAUGGAUUGGAAUUCUUACAAAUGCUGACUCUGCCUUAGAAGUUGGCUUUGGAUGCUGCCUCUAUCCCAUUUACAACAAAUUCGCACUUUUCUUCAUCAUUUUUUUGGAUUGUGUUUCAACUUACCACCUCUGCCUUUAGCUUAUGCCUAUGUAUAAAUAUGAUGAUCAUCAACCUACCACUUCAGGUUGAUGAAUGACGAAAAAGAUCGAGUUAUGUGAUGCCUCAACCUUCGAGCAGCAGGAAGGUGCGCUAUCGACAUUGGCAACGUGGCCGGAUGAGAAUUAGUCUUUUUUUAAAAAAUAUCACAUGAAUAAUGAUGAUGAACUACUUAGCCCGGGAUCCGGUCUAGAAUUUACUGAAUCAAUUACGGUUAGGAGGAGUCGGCGCGACUUCUAUCUAUGUACUGGUGCACAGAUGUUUCAUCACAGGAUUAGGAAUUAUGAAGGUUGUAAGAAUUAUAUGUCAAUAGAGCAUAAGUGACACUUACAGGAUCGAGUAGUCAGCCAUAAUAUUUCUUAAGUACUCAUACUUCAGUAAGCAUUUUUACAGACGUCUCAGUUUAAGAGCUUUUGUACACAAUGGAUCUCUACUGCUGACUUCGAAGACAUCAGACAAGCCGUCUUCUAUUGACAAGCAACAGCUUUCGUUUGACAUUGACAAGGACCACUCUUCUCAAAAAAAUUACUAUCUCUUGUCGUUUUGAUCAUUCUUCAUUUGAUGAGCUGACGCAGCGUGAAUCUUUUGCCUGAAAAAACGAAGCCCAAAACUAUAUAUGGUGAGGAGACCAAGGGACACGGAC